AUUUGUGAAGAAGAGUGCUGAUGCUGAGUAUGAUUUCUUGGAUUUCUGGGAAGCUAAUCAAAAGUUCUUUGCUAUGAAGCAAGGAACAACAGAAAACUUGAUGCAUUUCAAGGAACGAUUCUUGAGACAGGCUGAAGUCCUGCAAGAUCUAUAUGACGUGGCCUGGUUCCGACAUUUUGCAGUCAAGACAAAAGCGUAUGCUGCUAUUGCUAGUACCGAUACUGCUGCUCAAAACAAGUUCAAGGAUGAUAUCUUUGAAGCCGUUCUUGCAACAGGAUUUCUCUUCAACUGCGAUCAAACGAGAACAGCUCCUCUGAUGCUGGAUCUUCAGACAAACUAUUGCAGAGAAGUUGAUUCUUAUCCAAAGACGAUUGAUCAAGAUGAAAUUGAUGCUUUACUUGAAGAAGCGGAAGAAUUUAUUGAAAACUAUGGUGAUGAACACACCAAAAAUGUUGAAGAACAGACAGAAGACAGGAGUGUUGCAAGUAUUUAUGAACAAUUGAGAUGGAGAAAUGAUGAUGAUAAUUCCGAUCAAGAUCCCAAUCCAAAUGACAAAUAUCAGAAUGAUAAGGAUUUAAAUGAAAAGAUUCAAGAAAUUGAAAAAGACAUUCAAAAAGACAAGGAAGAUGUCAAAUCACUUAACGAUGAAGAACAAAUCGAGGAAACCCGCAAAACAUAUGAGGAAAAUGACGAUUUAAUUGAUCAAAUUCAAGAUGAAAUCAAAGAAUGUGAAAAUCAAGUCAAUGAUAUUCACGAAUUUGUGGCAAAUUUGGAUGAUAAUGAGAAUGAAAAUGAUUUGAAUGAAAUAAUUUCAAUGAAGGAAAAUUCAAGGAAAAGGAUUCCAAAAAAAGAGUCAAAAUACAAUCUACUAUUACAACAGGUUGGAAGUGACAAGAAAGCCGAAUAUGGAAGAGAUAAGGCAACUCUGAUUGCGCGAUUCAUGCAACAAAUCAAGGAUAAAGUUCAAAAUGAAGGAGUAUCGUUUAUCCAACUAUACUACCUAAAUAUGGGACUGAAAUUAUUGAGAGAAGAAGGUAAUAAGGCUGUGAUGAAAGAGCUUGACCAAUCGAUACAAAGGGAAUGUUGGGAACCAAUUCAUGUUGAAGACAUGACUGAUUUGGAAAAAAGAAGAGCCCAAGAUGCUAUGAUGUUAUUAGCAGAGAAAAACACUGGUGAAAUAAAAGGGAGAUGUGUAUACAAAGGAGAUGGAACUUGA